GGCACGCUCCCACCGUGCACGGCCAAGAAAACUUAUUUAAAAAGGGCUGGUGGUGCGCACACUCCCCAGUCCCCACAUGAGCCUCUAACCCGCAAUGUAGCUGACGCGGAUCUUUACACCGUGCGUUGUUACCGGUUCUUACGGCUUGGAGAGGCACAGUACAAUCGUCGGAAUCCGGACCGCCAGGAUGAUCCGGCCGUGGGCUGCACUCCAGUGGGUCACAAUGGCGCUUGUGUACCGGGCCUUGUGUACCGCGGCUCAGUACUCCAGCGAUCUGUGCAACUGGCGAGGAAGUGGUCUGACCCACGAGUCGCAUCGCAGAGACGUGGAGCAGGUCUACUUACGCUGCUCCCAGGGCUCGUUGGAGUGGCUCUACCCGACUGGCGCCAUCAUCGUCAACCUGCGUCCAAACACAGAACCGACAUCGGCAAACAUGGCAGGUCUACAUGCGUGCGUCAAACCCCAGCGUCACUCACAGGGUUCUCACCUCUAUUUGGAGCGAACCGGUGAUCUGAGGCUGCUGAUGGCCGAGAGUGAACAGCCGCAGGGAAAAAUACGUUGUUUCAGCCUGGCCAACGGAGCUCUCUUUGUGGAGGCCGUCCACCAGGCAGACAUCAGUCGCAGGAUAACUGCUUUCCAAUACGAGCUGGUGUCCAGCAAAGGGCCCGGAGCACACCUGUACCCACACCUUCAACCUGGUUUUGUCACUUGUGAACCGUGUUCGGAUGAAGAAGUCCUCUUGGCUGUCUGCACCAGUGACUUUGCGGGCAGCGGCACCUUUGAAGCCGUGCUAUCGAUCGGCGACGAGCACUCCCAGGCCGAGCUGACUCUGAGCCGACUCUUCCGCCAGAAGAACAGAAUGUUUGUCAGCGGUGGGGCCAAAGUGCGGCGCUGGACGGGGCGUGUCAGCAUUCCCACAAAGUGUGGCCUUCCCCACAGAGGAGACGAGUACCUUUUUACCGGCUCGGUCCAUUUUGGUGAAGCGUGGCUUGGCUGCGCGCCUCGCUAUAAGGACUUCCUGAGGCUUUACGGCAGAGCGCGGAGCACAGGAACCAACCCUUGUCAAGUUGACGUUGACUGAGGGAAUGCAAAGUGGAACAGCCGGAAAGCUUGAGAAUGGAGGUCAUCUACAACCUUGUAUUGUUGCUGUGCAGCAAAUCUGUAAACAAUGGACCUCUCCGAGGGCUUUCUUCUCGACAAAAUGUUAUUGAUGGUAAAGGUUGGUUUUCGUCAUCUGGUUCCAAUGGAAUCAAAUUAAUAUCUUAGAGCUUAUUACUACAUGAUUUGAAGAGACUAGAUGAAAUAUUUUACACGGGGUAUGAAGUAUUAUUUCUCAAUUGCUAUUGAGUUUGUCUGACAUUAUGAAUAGGCGUUCAUUUUUUCAUUUUCAUUCAUUUUUAUGGCUUGUAAAUUCUUGUUUAAGGUAACGUUCCUGCAAGAUUUAGAAAAAAAGACAUUUUGCUUUAUCAAAGAAAAAAUUGACUAUGCUGGUGAAAAGUAACAUAGUGAGCUUGUGUAAAAUGUUCUGUACUUCGAGUCACUGAAGUAUCAAAUGUCAUCAUGUGCUGUUAUCAUACCUGCCAAUCAAUGAAUUUAAUCAAAUUAUUUGUUAUUGAAUAUAAUGCUGUUGCCAAGUCAUUGUACCAGGAUAAGUGUUUGUAAAUAAUGAGAUAUGAAGCACUAACUUGUUUGGAACUUCCUAAAAUAAUGGCCUAAGUACUUUUUUCAAUUUCUUUCAGCAAACAAAAAGAUUUAACCAAAUACUUAUUUUUAGUUUCAUUUCAGGAGACGUUAAACAUAAAAAAAAAAAAGCUUUUUGUCAAAACACAACUUAGUCCAUUAUUUUUAAGAGGUUGAUAUUUUCCUCAAGGUGAUACUUUGUUUGAUCAUUCUUGAAUUGAAUGUUUGCUUUGUAAAAAGCUCUGUUAAAAACAGGAUCAUCUUCUUUCAGAUGUGUGUAAUAUUCAACUCUGUGAGUCUUUAUAUAUCAUGUAUUUUGCCAGUUAUCCUCAUGUUUUGCUGUGUCUAUAUUUACAGAUUUUUUUUUUAAUUGAUCUUCCUAUUUUUAGAUUUUUUUUGCGCAAAACUGAUUUGGUCAUUCACAAACUUGUGGUAAAUGUAAAUAAUGUCAUAUCAAUUGAAAAACUACCAGAAUUCCGAAAAAUAAAUGUGUUGUGCGUUGACUGGAGAGCAAUAAAACAUUUUGGCAGUUUCA